AUGCCGGAUCGAGCGAUCCUGGUUUGCGGUGCGACCGGUAAACAGGGCGGCGCCGUCAUCACCCAGCUACUUGCAAGCAACGCGGACUUUGUCAUCCUAGCAGUCACGCGCAAUGCCAGCUCCCCCUCGGCCAAGAAGCUGUCGGAGAAGUCUUCGAAGAUCCGCCUUGUGCAGGGGAACCUGAGCGAGACGCGCGCACUGUUCGACAGGGCAGAGGAAGUCGCCGGCCCCACGGCCAAGCUGUGGGGAGUUUUCAGCGUGCAGAUGCCCGUCGGCUUCGGCCAGGGUAAGCUCAACGAGGCGCAGCAAGGCAAGGCCGUCGUCGACGAGGCCAUCAGGGCCGGUGCGCUCUUCUUCGUCUACAGCUCCGUCGACCGCCACGGCGCCGACUCGAUCCACAACCCGACGCAGGUGCCGCACUUUGUCAGCAAGCACGAGAUCGAGCAGCACCUGCUCGCCCGCACGGCCGCGCUGCCCGAUGGCGCCGAGCGCAUGCGCUGGUGCAUUCUGCGGCCGACGGCCUUCAUGGGCAAUCUGACGGAUGACUUCUUCGGGCGCGUCUUUGUCACCGCCUGGCGCAUGGCGCUCGGGGAUAAGCCGCUGCAGCUGGUCUCCGUCACGGACAUCGGGUGGUUCGGCGCGCAGGCCUUCUUGCGCCCGGACGAAUUUGCGGGCCGCUCGCUGUCGCUGGCUGGGGACGAGCUGACGGCUGCGCAGGCGGCGGAGAGGUUCAAAGCCAAGACGGGCAGGGAGAUGAGCUACACGUACGAGAUUUUCUGCAAGCUCCUGAUGUGGAUGGUUAAGGAUGUGGGAUACAUGUUUCAAUGGUUCCGGGAAGUUGGGUACGCGGCUGACAUUGCUGCGCUGAGGGAGAUGCAUCCCGGUCUGCUAGACUUUGAGGGAUGGCUGGAGACUGAGACCAUUCGGGACCUUCUAGAUGGCCCAGUCUUCUGGAUCCAGGCCAAAGCCGAUGCCUUAUGGUUCGAGCUGAUAGCUACAGAUGCUGCUUUUAUGCAUGCAGCGGCGGUCGCGGCUGAGGCAUACUCCAUUCGCACAGGUGACAAAGAGACCACCGCAUCUACCAGGCAAUUACUCCAUCACCAGUCCAAAGCGUUGGGUCUCAUCCAAGAGAGACUGUCAUAUUCGCAACAGACCAGCAUUGCAGAUGCGACCAUACUCGCCGUGUUGUACCUGGCCUUCCAUGCUCACUUCUUUCUCGACUACCAAAUAGCAAAGAACCACAUGGAGGGUCUUCGAAAGAUUGUGGACGUGCGUGGUGGUCUCUCCGCUUUCAAUGACAAUACAAAGCUCGUUGUGGAGUUGCUUAAAUGCGACCUGAACAUAGCACUCCAUAACGGGACUGAGCCCAUGUUUUUCACAGAUACCAUGGAGUUUAUGUCACCACACGACUCGAUAGCUCAACAUCAGAAAAGGGCAGAAGGCCCAGAAGCACAUAUAGGCUGGAAACCUGCAGAUUGUGGUCUUGGAUCGGAUCUUUCCCAAGCAUGGGACUUGGUGAGGUUCUUCAGCGAAAAGAUCAACGCGGCUGCUAGAGGAAAACGGCAGCUUCCCAGGGAGACGCUGCUCUUCGCCAUGAUAUCAGUCAUGUACCGGCUUCUUCGGAUGAAAGAUUUCGAGGCCACCUCUGUCAACGAGGCAAUCCGCCUUGGUCUUCUUGCCUUCUCGUCGCACAUAUUCCUAAGACUGCAGGGAGUCAAGGUGUCCCAUUCGUAUUUGCGUGAUACCUAUAGAGACUGCCUCCUCCACUUGGAAGCGCCAGACGCACUGCCAAUACGCGUAUGGCUCUGGUUGCUAAUGAUUGGCUCUCUUGCAAUCUUUACUUCUGCAGAUGACUCUUGGCUACUGCCUUGGGUCCGGACGAAUGUGGAGCUGUCCGAGACAACUAACUGGGACGAGUUACGAGGACGUCUGAGCAGCAUGCCUUGGAUUGGUGACUUGAUGGACGAACCGGGCAGAGCGAUUUAUUUAGCUGCCAUGUCGCUAGAUAUGAAAUCACAUCCGUGGUUGAAAUAA